UGGUAUCAUGUGGGCGAAGGAAGCGAAACCGAUGAACGGGCUAGUUGGCUUUACUUGAUUAAAUCUUGAUUUUAUCAAACGAAUGCCGCCGUUAAUUAAUUGGUAAAAUAUUCCACUGAUUAGAAAGCUUUCCUUAUUUAAAAUACGUGACUGGCCUGUUCGAGGAAUUGUUGUCAAGCGGGAAUCUUGAGAAAUAAGUGUGCUGCUUUUGUUCCAGUGGGCACAUCCAGUGAACGCCAGGAUAAGAAAGAUGAACAAUGAAGGCGUUUGAACUGCCAACACACUAAGUUCUCCAGGAGAAGACAUCUGAUGAAAAUUUACUGCAGCCUUACAGAUUCCGGCAUGGAAGACAAGGCAAAUGGCUCUGUCGACACCAAAAGCCCAGUGGAGAACGGUCAGCUGCCAGACCCUUCCAACUGGGGAGUUGCUGACGUCGUCAAUUAUUUCAAAGCAACAGGAUUCGAGGAGCAAGCUACAGCUUUCCAGGAUCAGGAAAUUGACGGCAAGUCUCUGCUCUUGAUGACCCGUAACGAUGUCCUGACGGGGCUGUCGAUAAAGCUCGGUCCUGCGCUGAAGAUCUAUGAGUAUCACGUGAAGCCGUUGCAGACUCAACACCUCAAGAGCAACGCCUCGUAGCACCGCACGCCAUCCCUGCAUCUGCCUCAGUGACAAUCAUCGUGUCAGGAGACCCCAGGUUAGCUGCCGCUUCACAGAGACUCCUCUGCCCACAGAGGCACCUUAACAGGACUUGAAUGCUGUAUGUUUUUAUAAGCGUGGACCCCAAAAAGGGGUUGCACAUCACGUCCACUCAGCUGUUUACCCCUUUCAGCCAUUCUUAUUUCUGCUCCUUCAGGUAUGUAUUUUUUUUGGUGUGUUUUAUUUAAGAGAUGGAAAGUCAGGGGAUAAUACUGGUAUGAUUUUGUUUGUAUGUGCGGUGUAUGUGUGUGUAAAGUGAAUUAACCUAUGAUGGUUUAAAAAAGUAUUUGUAUAUAAGAUUAUAUAUAGUUGAAAACAGUGUAGGUUCUUUCGCAGCUGAACACUUUGAUACAUGCAGAUAAUGAUUCUGAUGCAUCCCAUUUUGCCCUAAAGUCUGUUUUUAUGUUCUAAACUACCCAUCUGAGUCCACGAGUCACCCAUAGCAUGUAACAAUGAAGUGUUUUGUUUUCCCUAGACACAACAGUACCACCUAAAGCCUCUUUGUACCUGAACAUUUGCAUUAUCUAGGCUCAAGCCUCCUGAUAUGAAAAUAUUUAUGUGUAUAUAUUCUUAUUAUGUACCUACCUGUGGUGCUUUCAGCAUUGUCGCUCUGACAACUGUACUGAAGUGUGUAAGACCGAUGUCUAUGUGCAACAUAACACUGGAGUUUGAAUAUCUGAAUCAGAGAUUUGCAAUAAAUGGUGCUCUUUUCUCACCAAAGAACAA